CAGGCUGGUGUCGUAAAUCGCAGGCAGUGAAUGGCCGUAGGGAAAACACGUGUGUAGCUUGGAGCGGCCAUGGCUGUGUACCAGAUGGCGGCGGGGAUCCUGGACAAGCUGGGGCGGAAGGAAGGCGCUGUGAAGAGCUUAGUGUAUGACAGCGGCUACAAGAAUGUCCGUCAGCUGUACGCUCUACUGUGUGAGACUCUGCGCUUCUCUUCCGUGCUCGAUGACGUCAUCGCCAGCUCACAGCUACUGCGAGGGGGGAACAAGAAACUGCCCUUCAACCUGGCCAAAGUUCUAGUGUAUGAUUUGCUAUUUGGCAAAGGUUUGCAAUGUGGAGGUUACUGGAAGGCAACCAUUCUCGCUCACCGGGCCCGGUUACAAGCUGAACUCGCAAAGUUAAAAGUCAAGAAGAAGGUCAGCAACAAUCAAGACUUGUUAACUUCUUUGGGUGGCGUAGCUGAUGGACCAGCCUUGCCGCGAUAUGUACGUGUGAACACACUGAAGAGCUCCAUGAAUGACAUCAUCUCUUAUUUCAAACGCCAGGGAUAUACUUACCUGGGAAAGGCACGAAGUAUAGAAGAAAUUGCUCAAUUUGCACAGAAGCCUGGCAAGAGAUUUCUCCAAGAUUCCCACAUUCCCGAUCUAUUGGUUUUUUCUCCCAACACAGAUUUCCAUAAAGACUCAUUAUAUACAGCUGGACAUCUCAUACUGCAGGACAAGGCUAGUUGUCUCCCAGCAUUGCUUCUGUCCCCUCCUGUUGGGGCCCAUGUUAUUGAUGCCUGCGCUGCUCCCGGAAACAAGACAAGCCAUCUGGCUGCUAUUAUACAAAACAAGGGAAAAGUUUUUGCGUUUGACUUGGAUACAAAGCGUUUAGCCACAAUGAGCACGCUCCUACUACGGGCUGGGAUCACGUGUCAAGAGCUUGCCAACCAAGACUUCCUUACUGUCAGUCCAGAUGAUCCAAAAUACCAGAAAGUGAGUCACAUUUUAGUGGACCCAUCAUGCAGCGGGUCAGGCAUGCCAGACCGUAUGAGGAUGCUCGGUGAGGAGGCAGGAUCAGACACGAGUGAGAGACUUCAAGCCUUGUCAGCGUUUCAGAGACGCGCUCUAUCCCACGCUCUAAGCUUCUCUUCUGUGCAAACUGUAGUGUACUCUACCUGCUCUGUACACCAGGAGGAGAAUGAAGAUGUGGUCAAAGACAUUCUAGAACAAUACACAGAUUUUAGGCUUGUAAAGGUGCUUCCAUCAUGGCCAGUACGAGGACAAAACACAUUUCCAGGAUCAGAUAGUUGCCUCCGGGCCUCUUUUACAGAAACGCUCACCAACGGAUUUUUUGUUGCGCUGUUUCAGCGCAAGGACGAAGGUAGCAGAAGCUCAGUCACGUGUGACGAACAGAAGCAUUUGAACACCGCUCACACUGCAGCAAAAGAGAGACUGUGUAGUAAGCCUGAAGAGAAAUCAAACCUGAUACAGGUCACGUUGAAAAGGAAAGCAAAUAAUAUGGCAAAUGCGAAGUCCACCACCAAGAAAUCGCGUAAAAAGAAGCGCAAGAUGAAAGACUCUUAAUGUUAAAACCAUGUUUCCACCAAGGUUUUACAUUUUUUUUUUUUGGCUGUAUGUUUACACUGUAAAGAAUACUUUUGCUGAACACAACACAAGUUUUUUUUUUUUUUUUUCUGGUAAGACGAGCAUUAGUGCUCAUGUUGGGUUUCUUGAUUUGAAUAUUUAGCCAAUUUAUGUACUGCUGGCUUUACAGCACAUCAAACUAUUCACACGAUUUCUGACCUUUGAAGGCAACCUGCAGUUCUUCUUCUUUCUUUCCUGUUUUGCCUGGGUGCAUACUUAUUCCCAAUCAGUUUUAAAUUUGCCUGGACUGUGCCAUAUCAAAAGCUUAUUAAAAAGAUUGUGCUAUGGUAACCUUAAUAAGUGUAUUUAAAUCCAAAACAGUUUUUAAAACAGAAAUCCAGAAUAAAAAUUGUUUUGGACCUUGCUAUGUAUCAAUAAAUUAACUCCAA